AUGGAAAGCCUAUUAAACGCAAACUGUUAUGACUUACAGAACUCGAUCCGACACAACCUAUCCCUUCACAACCGGUUUAUGCGGGUGCAGAACGAGGGGACGGGUAAGUCCAGCUGGUGGAUGAUCAACCCGGACGCCAAGCCAGGGAAGGCCGCCCGCAGGAGAGCCACGUCUAUGGAGACCCAGAAGUACGAGAAGAAGAGGGGAAGAGUCAAGAAGAAGAUCGAGGCGCUCAAGAACGGGCUCACUCUGGACCCGACCACUCCCAGCCCGUCGUCCUCCGUGUCCGAGGGGCUCGACAUGUUUCCCGAGUCGCCCCUCCAUCACGGCUUUCAACUGAGUCCCGAGUUCCGGCCCCGAGCCUCCUCUAACGCCUCCUCCUGCGGACGAUUGUCGCCCAUCCCUGCCGUCGAGAACGACAUGCAUGACAGCCAGGUGCCCCCGCUAUCACCUCUAGCCGGUUGGAGUCACGGCGACAUCGGACGCCUAUACGGCACCGGCAGUGAAAUUGAUCAGUACAGCACCGAACAGUUGGUGGAAAUGGCGACGACAAUGAAAUUGGGCGGAAACACGGCGUUCCUGGGGGUCACCAAAACGUCGCCCACCGGACAGUUGUCUCCGGCCGCCUCGCAAAUGCAGCUCAACAACACAUACAACACAAUCGGCAACUUUGGCUCCCUUUCCGGUUAUAGCAGUCCCGGCGGUAACGGCUCGACCGGCGGCCAGCAGCGCACGACCGCCAACGGCCAGUCGUCGGACCCCUACUACCAGACACAGCCCCCGAGCGAGACGGGCGCCACCACUCUGACGGCCCUCAACAACGUGUCCGGGGGUGCGGUGUCGUCGCACUCGCCAUCGCAGCUCCUGUUGGCCUCCGAUGUGCUCAACGGUGUGUCUAAUGGCGCCUACAGUCUGACGAGUCUGUCGCCGGUGUUGUCGUCCACUCAGUCUAUGGACACAAUGACUUCGAUGACGGCCAGCACAGCCCCGGCGCCCACCUAUUCGUCGCCACAACACCACAACAGUGUCCACACGACUGCCCAUAACAGAGGUCUGUCCACUACCUUAACUUGUGUAGCGCAGCGCCGGUAUAGCGUACGCAUGACUAACCCGACCCCCUGUCCAACAGCCCUGAUGGGACACCUCCUGUCGCUCAACAACCCAUUGCCAAACGACUUGGACCUCAACUUCGACUCAUUAAACGGGGGACUGGAGUGCGACGUCGACUCAGUCAUACGCCACGAGCUCAGCGUCGACGGCAGCCUUGACUUCAACUUCGCCGACCCCUUACACCACUCGCACGGCUCACACGCCGGUGGGGCCGCAGGUAUGUCGCAGUCGGCGGUGUCGGCCCACAACACGACGAUGACUACCACCCCGUCCAGUCGCUCAUGGGUUCACUAG